CUGAAGACGUUCAGAGGGAAAGAUGGCGGCUGUGAGAAAUCUGCAGAGAUUGUGGGGUCUCGGUGUGAGUCGUCAACUGAAAACAUCCAGAGUUCUGCAGCAAAGAGCUUUCUGCCUCAAUGGCGCUCGGUGCCAGCAGAAAUUUGAUUCGUCCAUGGAGAAGCCUCAGUUCCCCGGGGCCUCGGCAGACUUCAUUGAUCACCUGGAGUUCAUCCAGCCCAAUGUGAUCUCAGGAAUCCCUGUGUAUCGAGUCAUGGACAGACAGGGCCAGAUCCUUAAUCCAUCCGAGGAUCCACAGCUCUCUAAAGAUACAGUGUUGAACUUCUACCAAAAAAUGACACUCCUCAACACGAUGGACCGCAUUCUGUAUGAGUCUCAGAGGCAGGGCCGUAUCUCAUUCUACAUGACCAACUACGGUGAAGAGGGCACUCACAUCGGAAGUGCGGCAGCUCUCGACGCCAAGGACCUGGUGUUUGGCCAGUAUCGAGAAGCGGGAGUGCUGAUGUACCGCGGCUUCCCUCUGGACCUCUUCAUGGCGCAGUGCUAUGCUAACAGGGAUGACGUGGGGAAGGGCAGGCAGAUGCCAGUGCACUACGGGUCCAAAGACCUCAACUUCGUCACCAUCUCGUCUCCUCUGGCCACUCAGAUUCCUCAGGCGGCGGGAGCAGCGUACGCUAUAAAGCGGGAGAACAGUAACCGAGUGGUGAUCUGUUACUUUGGCGAGGGAGCUGCCAGUGAGGGCGAUGCCCAUGCCGGCUUCAAUUUCUCCGCCACUUUGGAAUGUCCAAUCAUUUUCUUCUGCCGCAACAAUGGCUACGCCAUCUCCACCCCCACCCACGAGCAGUACCGUGGCGACGGUAUCGCUGCUCGAGGUCCAGGCUACGGCAUGUUGUCUAUCCGUGUGGACGGGAACGACGUGUUUGCAGUGUACAACGCUACAAAGGAAGCCCGGCGCAGAGCAGUGGCCGAGAACCAACCGUUCCUCAUCGAGGCCAUGACCUACAGGAUCGGCCACCACAGCACGAGCGACGACAGCUCGGCUUACCGCUCCGUGGACGAGGUGAACUACUGGGACAAGCAGGACCACCCGAUCUCUCGCCUCCGUCACUACAUGACCGCACGCGGCUGGUGGGGCGAGGAGGAGGAGCGGGCGUGGAGGAAGCAGUCACGCAAGCUCGUCAUGGAGGCCUUCGAAAGGGCCGAGCGGCGUCUCAAACCAAACCUGGAGUUCUUGUUCACCGACGUCUAUAAGGAGAUGACUCCAAGCCUGACCAAACAGAGAGAGUCCAUGUUCAGGCACCUGCAGCAGUACAAGGAGCACUACCCGCUGGACCUGUACGAGAAGUAAUCAAUGCAAAUAAUACCUAGUCACUUCCCCUAGACACUUCGGGGAUUUAGGAAGAUGGUGGUCAUGCAGCUAAAAUGGACGACAUGAUCUAAUAUAAUAUCAUUAAAAAUAUUCAAAUGAUCAUAACAGUUACUGCUAUUCAUAUAGAUCCUUUUGGUUUAUGAAAUUUGGGACUGGGAAAGUUAGGAAGUGACUGUUUUCAACUUCAGCUUGUUUUUCGUUUUGAAUUGGGAUCAGCCCUAUGGUGUAAGACACAUUGAGACACAAGCAAGACACAGUUCUCUGUUGUACUUCAUUACUUGUUUCCGUUAAUGCCUCCCAGAUUUUGAGAGCACUACACAAAGGUGUGUGUGUGUGUGUGUGUGUGUGUGUGUGUGUGUGUGUGUAUACAGUACCAGUCAAAAGCUUUGGACAUAUGGAGACUUUUUAAACUAUGAAAUAACAUAUGGAACAUUAUGUAGAGGAUGUUACACGGCUGGACAAAGAUACGAAGUUUAUCUUCGAGUGGUGAAUAUAUCACAAAGGAGUGAUAUAUUUUCAAUACAAGAAGAUAAACUUGAUAUCUUCACGCCACCGUGUAACGUUCUUUAUAUUACAUGGACACAUCCACAAAACAAAAUAUGGACGUGAUGUCAUCGGAGUGAAAUAUAAUCAAUUAUUAUACAUACAGGACACUUUUGCGAUGGAAUAAAAACAUGUAUUCUA